CGAUAGAUCCUGCGGUCACACUAGCGUCUCUGCUCUUCGUUUCUGCUAAAAUUUGUCAAAAACACAUAAAUAAAUCAGAAUAAUUAUAAAUAUAAUAUAUGAAUUACAAAAUAAGUAACUGCACGAACUGAAAACGGAAAAAGCGAUCAGCAAAGACCAGAAAACAAGCCAAAUCGGAGAACAGUAUGAAAAUGGUGUUGUCGCAGCGGCAGCGCGAGGAGCUUAACCAAGCGAUUGCCGAUUAUUUGGGCUCAAAUGGCUACGGCGACUCACUGGAGACCUUCCGCAAGGAGGCCGAUGUCAGCACAGAGUCGGAGAAGAAGUAUGGCGGUCUGCUGGAGAAGAAGUGGACAUCGGUCAUACGCCUGCAGAAGAAGGUGAUGGAACUAGAGGCUAAGCUCACCGAAGCUGAGAAAGAGGUUAUCGAGGGUGCGCCCACAAAGAACAAACGCACGCCCGGCGAAUGGAUACCACGCCCGCCAGAGAAGUUCUCUCUGACUGGUCAUCGAGCCAGCAUAACGAGGGUUAUAUUUCAUCCCAUAUUUGGCCUCAUGGUUUCAGCAUCGGAAGAUGCCACCAUUAGGAUUUGGGAUUUCGAAACUGGCGACUAUGAGCGCAGUCUAAAAGGACACACCGACUCUGUGCAGGAUGUGGCAUUCGAUUCGCAGGGCAAGCUCUUGGCUUCCUGCAGCGCUGACUUGUCCAUCAAAUUGUGGGAUUUCCAGCAGAGCUACGAAUGUGUUAAAACAAUGCACGGUCACGAUCACAAUGUAUCAUCGGUGGCCUUUGUGCCCGCCGGUGAUUAUGUUCUGUCUGCUUCACGUGAUCGAACCAUCAAAAUGUGGGAGGUGGCCACCGGGUACUGCGUGAAGACAUAUACUGGCCAUAGGGAGUGGGUGCGAAUGGUGCGAGUGCACAUUGAGGGCAGCAUCUUUGCCACAUGCUCAAACGAUCACACAAUACGUGUUUGGUUGACGAAUUCAAAAGACUGCAAGGUUGAAUUACGCGAUCAUGAGCACACGGUGGAGUGCAUUGCCUGGGCUCCGGAAGCCGCAGCAUCAGCGAUAAACGAAGCAGCCGGAGCGGACAACAAGAAGGGCCACCACCAGGGCCCAUUCCUUGCAUCUGGUUCUCGAGACAAAACCAUACGCAUUUGGGAUGUGAGCGUUGGACUGUGCCUGCUCACGCUUAAUGGCCACGACAAUUGGGUGCGUGGCUUGGCAUUCCAUCCGGGUGGCAAGUAUUUGGUGUCGGCCAGCGAUGACAAGACCAUCAGGGUCUGGGACUUGCGCAACAAGCGAUGCAUGAAGACGCUCUACGCACAUCAGCAUUUCUGCACCUCCAUAGAUUUUCACAAGGCGCAUCCGUACGUCAUCAGCGGCAGUGUGGAUCAAACAGUUAAGGUCUGGGAGUGUCGUUAAAGCAAAUUAAAACUCAGCAAAAGUUUUGCUUACUUCUCAAUUUAAACAUAAAUAAAGCUAAUAUAAUAAAUCACACACAACACCGCAACCCACAACACACACACACACAUAAAUGCAACAGUCUCAGCCACCUCCAGCAGCAAGUUUAUUUUCCAGACGCUUUCAGUGUCAGCGUCCGUCAGCAAAAUGAACAUAUACGAGUAGUGUAUUUUAAACCCGAAUGCAAAAUCGCGAAAAGAAUUAUUUAUUUAAUUGUACAACCUUCUAACUAAAUAUGUAACUACCUACCUACCUACUAUAUACAAAGUACAUGUACGUUAAUGCCUAUGCAUAUACACCUACGAUUAUUAUUUCGUUUAAUGUAAUGCUGUGUCGGGUCGUUCGACCCUUCGCUAAUCCCAAAAGCAGCGGCUCGCUUAAAAAAACAGGCACAAGCAGAAAAUUACGUCUAUAGUUGAAUGGAUUGAUGGAGAGUUUUGGCAUGCGAGUGCACAACCAAACAUAUUCAUCUGAUAAAAUGUUCCAGUAGAUAAAUAUUGAUUGUCCAUCCACAAACAUACACUCAAGUCAAAUGAAAUCAUAAAACAAGUUUACAUUGAUGUUGUUGAAAGUGUUUAAAUGUUUGCAAAUGAAGGAAGGAAAGUAUUUCAACGAUUUACGAAAACUUUUACUCACCAGAGAAACGAAACUUGUUAUUGAGAAUUAUACUUGAAUUAUUAUACACAAUUUUUACCAUAAAUGAGGUGAGGUAAUGUCUACGACACACACAAAUGAUGGCUUCUCUUUUAACCGUAUUCACUCUGCUCUGAUUUGUGUGUCCUUUUGUUUUUUGAGAAAGAAGGAUCUAACAUAAACAUAAAUAAAAUCCAUCAAAAUGCUUACAUGUUUAAGUUGGCUUUAAGUUCAAAGUAUGAUUUACGUUUACGGUUUACAAUACAUAGUAGAAAAAUGCUGCAAAUUUAUUAUAAUAAUUUGUAUAAGUGCAAAA